CAUAAAGCUUCACAUUGCCGCUGGUGAUGAAUCGGUCAAUACUCGCCCAGCCCCCUCUGUAAUGCUACCCUCUCUCCCACAUCAGUCUAGGAGGCGUACUAACGGACUGCAAAUCCCACACAUCUCUGGAUCCAAUGUUUCCCCACCUCCUUUAUUCCUCUUAAGCAGUAUUAACCGUCCGCUAGCUCAUUCAGAGAGUUGCCGGGUUUGGAGCCGGAGGUGGUGCGAAUGACAACAGCCGAGUCUUCUCCAUCGCUGACACUCUCCAGCAACCCGGCACUCUGGCACAACAACAGCCGAAGCCGCCCGCGCUGUCGCAGCUGGCAAAGUGACAAAGAAGGAGACAGAGAGAGGGGGACAGCCGGCAGAAUGACACACGCCGCGAUUCCUUAUUCCAAGCGCAUCCUUGACAGAUGAGACAGAGACGAGCCGGACAAAGCCAGCGGACUGAAUCCCUGUCCUCCGGGAGAUGUCAGCUGCCCCGAUGGAGCUCACCGGCGAGGAGAGACGGGGCAGGGAGACCCGCUUGUCGGCACACCGGGUCCGCUUUUCGGUGGUGUCUUUUUUCUAAAGGGGAUUCGUCUCUCCGCAUGCUGGCAGCCAAGAUGAACCCGUCCCGUGCGGCAAGUUCAACGUGCUAGCGGCAGAAUUAAGGAAGAGCUUUUCGCUACAAAGAAGAUUAGGAGGAACGAUAAAAGCCCCAAAAUAUGCCCUUACCGCGGCUCCCGCUAUUGUCUAGGAGCAAGCAGCUUACACGUUUAGCUCAUCUCAUCAUCUAAUCUUUGGUUUGUUUUGCUUCUGCACUAGCAAAAAGAAAAAUUGCUGGGAGCAAUGGCUUCAGUGAGGCAUGACGAGGCAGGCUUAGACUCAGCUGAGGACUUGCAGCGGCAUCCUUUUGAAGAAGCUAGCAAUAACCUCAAGUCAAAGAGUCUACCAGUGCUCAAUGGCUCCUGUAGGCAAGACAGCAUGGAGCCUCCACCACAACUAAUCAACACCACAAGGACGACACUACAUAUCUCUAAGAGCACUUUGUCAAAUGAUCUUCACCUCCAAGCUGGUUCAAGGUGUGAGAGCGAUUGCUCAUCUUUAGCCAGGACUGUCUGUUCCUCUCCCAGUUGUGCAGGGGUAGGUGGGGGCAACCCUGCAAGGACAAGCAACCGCAGAGUGAAGGGACUUGGAAUUGGCUUGUCUUCUCCAAAAGUGGUCAGCCUUCCUGGCAAAAAAUACAUCGGUGUUAUUCUUUCGGAUUCCCGUUGUUUCCUUUUCUGUAUGUGUGUUCUAACUUUCAUCCAGUCCCUCAUGGUGUCUGGCUAUCUUAGCAGUGUGAUCACAACCAUAGAAAAGAGGUACAGCCUACGAAGCUCAGAGUCUGGACUGCUUGUCAGCUGCUUUGAUAUUGGCAGUCUAAUGGUGGUGGUCUUCAUCAGCUACUUUGGAGGAAGGGGACGAAGGCCUCGCUGGCUGGCUGUGGGGGGUGUGUUUAUUGCAGUGGGGGCUGCUCUCUUUUCUUUACCUCAUUUCAUCUCACCACCAUAUCAGAUCCAGGAGGUAAAUUCCUCCACCAGUAAUGAGGCUUUGUGUAUCAAUGGCAAUAUCACUGGCAAGGAGCAACUAGAGUCGUCUGGGUGUCCACGAGAGCAGGCUGGCAAUGACCACUCUCUAUAUGUCGCCCUCUUCAUCUGCGCACAGAUUCUCAUUGGAAUGGGAUCAACUCCCAUUUAUACCCUCGGACCAACAUACCUUGAUGACAAUGUCAAGAAAGAAAACGCCUCACUGUAUUUAGCAAUCAUGUAUGUAAUGGGGGCUUUGGGCCCUGCGGCAGGAUAUCUGCUUGGUGGGGUCCUGAUUGGCUUCUAUGUGGAUCCGAAAACCAUUGUGAACAUCGACCAAAGUGACCCUCGCUUUGUUGGAAACUGGUGGAGUGGUUUCCUCCUUUGUGCUAUUGCCAUGCUGCUGGUUAUAUUCCCGAUGUUCACAUUCCCCAAGAAGUUACCCCCUCGACAAAAAAAAAAGAAGAAAAAGAAAAUGAAUUCAAAUGACAUCUCAAGUGACGAUGAUGUGAUGAAAGAGAAAUCCAAAAGCCAAGCGGUCACAUCUUCAAUGGGAUUUGGGAAGGAUAUUAAAGACCUUCCCAGAGCCGCUGUCAGGAUCUUAAGCAAUAUGACAUUCCUGUUUGUGAGUUUGUCAUACACUGCUGAGAGUGCCAUCGUCACUGCCUUUAUUACCUUCAUUCCCAAGUUCAUCGAGUCUCAGUUUGGCAUUCCAGCAUCCAAUGCAAGCAUAUACACUGGGCUCAUUAUAGUACCCAGUGCUGGGGUUGGCAUUGUUCUUGGAGGGUACAUUAUCAAAAAACUGAAACUUGGAGCCAGAGAAUCUGCUAAGCUGGCUAUGAUCUGCAGUGGUGUAUCUUUGCUGUGUUUUUCUACCCUCUUCAUUGUUGGCUGUGAAAGUAUUAAUCUUGGUGGCAUCAACAUACCAUACACGACAGGGCCGACCCUCUCCAUGGCUCACAGGAAUUUAACUGGUAGUUGCAACGUCAACUGUGGCUGCAAAAUCCAUGAAUAUGCACCAGUCUGUGGAUCAGAUGGCAUCACAUAUUUCAACCCUUGCUUGGCUGGCUGUACCAGUGUUGGAAACGAUAGCACAGGAAUGCGGAAUUACACUGAGUGUGCCUGUGUGCAGAGUCGACAGGUGAUCACACCUCCCACAGUGGGUCAGAGGAGCCAACUCCAGCUAGUAAUCGUGAAAACCUACCUGAACGAAAAUGGCUACGCUGUGUCGGGCAAGUGUGACCGCACCUGCAAUACCUUAAUACCUUUCCUGAUCUUUCUAUUCAUCGUCACUCUCAUUACUGCUUGCGCUCAGCCAUCUGCAAUCAUUGUAACACUCAGGUCUGUGGACGAUCAGGAGAGGCCUUUUGCACUAGGCAUGCAGUUUGUACUUCUACGAACUCUUGCAUACAUCCCUACACCAAUAUACUUCGGAGCAGUCAUUGACACCACGUGUAUGCUUUGGCAACAAGACUGUGGAGUGCACGGUUCCUGCUGGGAAUAUGAUGUCACUUCCUUCCGCUUUGUAUAUUUUGGACUGGCUGCUAGCCUCAAGUUUGUGGGAUUCAUCUUUAUCUUCUUGACAUGGUACUCUAUCAAAUACAAAGAAGACAGACUGCAGCGAUGGAGACAAAGGGCAACGCCAGUGAAUACAGUAUGUGAGUUAGUUGGAAAUGCCGGCAGCCAGCAAAACUAUGCACGGACUCGAUCUUGUCCUGCCUUCACCUCCAAGGCUGAACACAGUGAAGGCCUGACCCUAAAUCGAGGGGACAGCUGCCCGAGUCGUCCUGGCUAUUCACUGGAAGCAAUAACCCACCCAGAACACACGCUAGAAGAAGUCACUGCAGAAAUCUAGGCCCUCACUCUGUUCCUGUCGUUUUCUUUCUCUCUUUCUUUCAUUUAUUCCUGGCGCCUGGAAACAUUUGAAAAGCUGUGCCUUCCUUUUUCUGACUUUUUCUUUUUAAUAAUCUCUGAACCUUUCAUUUUUUUUAUGCAGACAAUAAAAAUCCACCUGACACAGAUUCUCAACACAGAAAGUGAGGGCUGGACACCUCAGAAUUCUGCACCAUUCAAGACUUUUUGUUGUUUUGGUUUCUUUUGUAUUUUGUUCAAGUUGCUGUUUUCUUUUUCUUUUUUCGUGCUCUUGAGUGAAAGAGGCUGACGUAAAGAACUCAGAUGGAGAAAAAGAAAUAUUAUGCAUAUCAGUUUAACUCCAGUGAAAUGGAGUACAUUUUAACCAAAUUGUAUUUAGGUUUAAUAAAUUGUGGUGCUAUAUGGAUGAAAUAAUGCAGGAUAUUUCAACUUUUGCAUAUGCCAUAGGUUUAGAGUCUAUCAGAAGUAAACAAUUAAAAACGAACGCUGCUAUGUAAGCACAAAUAAUAUAGUGUACUAUGCAAUCGUUUGCAUCUUCUGGAACCAUGUACCCUUAAUAUAUUAUACUAAAAUUUAAUUUUCAAAUCUCAUCUCAUAUAGUCACCGAUAGAUCAAAGUAUAAUUAGUGAUUAUAAAUAAAGCUUCUUGUUGUAAGGUAACCAUCGUGACCAUGGUACUUCAAUCAGUUAUGAGCAUUUACAUGUAUGAUUUCUAUUUCUGCAGUUUUGUAGGCCUCGUGUUCAUUUGGCAGGAGACUAAACUGUCCAUUUUUGUUCAGCGUGGACCUUUGUUACUACUAGUGCCUCAACCUCGGCAGCCCCAGCGCCACCGGUGGGUGAUCUAAAAUACUGUCGCACUUGGUCCACACGUGUACUGCAUACCAAAAAACAGUCUGAAAAUAUCAAUAGAAAUAGUAAUAAUGACAAGCAAAAAAAAAAAACUGUGCCGCUGUAUUUAUUUGUUUGUUGAUUUAUUUUGUCAGAACUUACGUCAGAUAUACUGUUUGAUACACACUGUACAAUAUCAAGGUGACUCUCGCCGAAGCCAGGCGCUUUGCCAUUCACAGUCGAACCUCCAUCAAAUCUUUCAUCUUCUGCAAGUGAAAGCUGAUAAGGCUGCGUCUUCGGUCUCUGCUGCGCUCCUAUACUUCCAUCACUGUCGGGUUUUUUUGUUGGAUUGCCAGCUUUAAUGUGGCAGCAGCAACAGGCUCGACGGGUUACUCUUCUCCGACGGCCUGGUUCACUUGUGGGUGUACUUGAGAAAUCUGUUUUUCUGUCAGUUUGUUAGUGCAACAUAAACGAUGAUCAAAAUGAGUCUCCAAAGGCAAAAAGGCUUUGAAGGCAUUUGUGGUAACUACUGAUCUUUCAUCAUGUAUAGAUACUGAGUUUCUCACUUUAGCUAAACGUAUUGUGCCACCAGCCUGUGCCAGGUGUACCAAUGCGCUCAAAGACAUACAGAGUCUUAUAUCCAUUUUUGAAAUGCUGUAGUAGGUGAGCUGGAAAUAACACACAGCAUCCCGUGUCAGCCUCUCCAUUUUGUUUAACUCUGAUGAUAAGUCAGUCGCUGUUGGUCACCUGUUGGAUGUGGCCACAAUAGUUAACCAAAUUAUAUAGUCUAAGUGCUUUCGAACAAAAUUCCACAAGACUUUUUUGGCAAAAUACAAAAAAACAAAUCCUUUGUAAUAUUGAAGCUUUUUACAAAAUUGAGUCGAUCUUCAAAUUUGUCGAUUGGGUGGAAACACUGAAUAAGCGCUUAGCCUGCUAAUGCGCUUGCACUAAUUCUUGAAAGGUUUUAUGAAAAGCUUUUUUUAAGUGGAGAAUUUUAUUUAUUCUUUUUUUUUUUUUUUUUUUUUUUUUGCUGAAGUCUGCUGGAGUGUGUGUCUCACACUCGUAGUUCAUGUAAUAAAUGGGCAUUGUUAACACAACCACAUACCUCUACAAUAAACCCGAAGAGUGCCCCUAUAGGGCAUGGCGUGAACAGCAGCAAAUGGCAUGCUGCCUCAACAAGUGAUCUCAUCAUCUGUACUGUACAUUUAUGUGGUAUAUUUGUGAUGAAAAAAGAAAAGAAAUAUUGCCUGUUUAUAAUGUUGGCUCUUUUGAUUAGUCUAUAGGAAAUUUAUUUUUCUUAUUUUGUUUUUUCAGUAUUGUAUUUAUUUGAGCAAAUAGAUAUCUAAAGGCUGUUAUUUACUUUUUGUUCAUCAGGAACAAAGUCAGUAUAAAUUUUGUGAACAGUUUGUUUACAGAUACUUUGAAUACUUGAUAUUUGUCAAUAAAAUGCAGAAAGCAGAAAGAAUAA